UGGUCAUUGAUUGGCAGGAGGCAACUAGGGAUUUUUGUUAUAUCAUACGAAUUUUUGUUUGCUAAAAAGCGAUUGGUAGCUUAGAGGCAUUAAUCGGAAUGGCGAAGGCGUCGUCCGAGGCACACGGUUGCCGGAGAGUGUUGGAGUUUUACAGUGGAAUCGGCGGCAUGAGGUACUCUCUGAUGAAGGCCCAGGUGAAUGCCGAAGUGGUGGAAGCAUUUGAAAUUAACGACACAGCAAACGACGUUUACCAACAUAAUUUUGGUCAUCGUCCUUUUCAGGGAAACAUUCAAUGCCUGACUGCUGCUGAUCUGGACAAGUAUGGUGCCGAUGCAUGGCUUCUUUCUCCUCCUUGCCAACCUUAUACACGACAAGGCCUUCAGAAGGACACUGGAGAUGCCCGAGCAUUUUCUUUUCUUCAGAUUCUUGAGCUCUUGCCAUUUCUAUUGAAGCCUCCAAGUAUGUUAUUUGUAGAAAAUGUUGUUGGAUUUGAGACUUCUGAUACACAUGCAAAACUGGUCGACAUAUUGGAAAAGACAGAUUUUAUCACACAGGAGUUCAUUCUGACCCCUUUACAGUUUGGAAUCCCAUAUUCCAGGCCUCGUUAUUUUUGUCUGGCUAAGAGGAAAACUUCAUCUUUUGUAAAUGAAUGUUUAAAUCGCCAGCUGAUUCAGUCUCCGGGGCCAUUAUUUGAGUACUUUGAUACAGUGACUGAUGAUGAAGAUGAUUCGUCAAAAGAGGACAGACAUAAAUUGUUGCAGUUAUGUCAACCUAUUGAGAAAUUUCUUGAAUUGAAGAAAGCUGACAGCGAUAUACCUGUUGAACCAGCUACUAUAAUGUCUAGUUUUUCUAAUGAUGUUCCUGGGACUUCGGGAAUAACUAAUGGUCAUGAAUAUGAAUCUUUGGACCAAUAUUAUGUUCACCCAAGCUUGAUAGAACGGUGGGGAAGUGCUAUGGAUGUUGUCUAUCCUGAUUCAAAGCGCUGCUGCUGUUUCACAAAAAGUUAUUACAGAUACGUGAAGGGAACUGGAUCCCUUUUGGCAACUGUCCAGCCGAUGAAGAGGGACAAAAGUUCACUGAAGGAGCAAUGUCUCAGAUAUUUUACCCCGAGAGAGGUUGCCAACCUACACUCUUUUCCUGAAAAAUUUGAGUUUCCAGAGCACGUUAGUCUCAAGCAAAGGUAUGCCUUGUUAGGGAACAGUUUAAGCAUAGCAGUUGUUGCUCCCUUACUUAAGUAUCUUUUCACCGAACCUUAAUGAUUUUCGAUCGCGACAUUCGUUCGACAGAAGCAGAUAGAUAUUUCAUAGGGCCUUCUCCUGUAAUUUUGCUAUGAUAAUGAGAUCAUGUAUCAUAAUGCUGUGAGUUCGUGUGUCGAUCAUAACGAUCCAACACUCACGAGUUUGGCCACUUCAGAAUUCAAAUGUAGUUUACUAAUGAGGGAUACUAAAAUGUAAAUGAUAUUUGGGAGAAAUUUAAAAUGUACUUAUCCGGCAUCUUGUAGAAGAAAUGAUAGCAUCUUGUAUCAAAUUUGAAUUUAAACAGAUUUGAGGAAAUAUGCAGUUAAAUUUAAGUGUU